UUUCAAGUAAUUAGAAUUUAAAUAAAAAAUAAUUAAAUUUUUUUAUAAUUUGUAGAGUGAAGAUAAUUUUAAAUGGACUCCUAACCGAGAAAGAAUAUUUCUUGAGUUGUACGAUCAAGCAAUUGCCAUGGGCAAUUAUCGUUUCAAAGAUCCUACACCCCUUGGUAGAGAAUUUAUCGUUGACAAGUUUAACAAGGAGUUUAAUCUAAACAUAAAUUAUCGGUUCUUCAAAGAAAAACUUGAUCAACUAAAAAGAAAAUACAAGAAAUACAAGCAUCUUAUGAAAGAUUCCACGGGCAUCUCGGUUGAUACUACUACAUCUGUGAUAUCGGCAUCUAACUCAUGGUGGAAAGAGCGUGAAGUUUGUAAAAUUGUCAAAUCAUUUAAACGAAAGCCGCCAGAGCUUUGGGAUGUGAUGCAACGAUGUUUUAUAUUAUAUGACGUCCACUCGCAGCCUCAAUUCUCUGUGAACCAAAGAAGAGAACAGCUGAGGAAUGAUGGUCUGGAUAAUGAUGAAGGUCAUGUAUACUUUGAAACAUAUGAUGGUGAUAUGCAAGACAGUCAAGUUCCUGAGCCACAAGAAAAUGAAGAGGUGUAUCGUGUUAACAUUGAUGAUGAAACACGUCAGUCAAAUGCGUUCAUCCGUGAAAGUUUGCAUCAGAAUUCGUCACCCGUUGCUCCUUUUCAGAUUCCUACAUCCAGAAUUCAACAACGAGGUGGAGUCAGGCGUGGAAGUAGUUCGCAAAGAGGUGCAGGAAACUCCCAAAUUUCUACCAGGAGUGGUUCACGAGGAAGCCGUAGAAAACAAUCAUUUGAAACAACCCUAACAGAUACAAUAACUGGCUUCAGAGAGUUUCAGCGCCAAAGUUUACAACAGUUGCGCCCGAAACUCAUCAAAGUGAUUCAGCAUCUGAGAACUAGUUCAAUAACGCUUGUGUUUUAG